AUGUCCAUUUCAUUGUCCAAAGACGAAGAUGGUUUCAUCACCCCAUCUGUUUCCACUACGCCAGCUUCACCGAAGAAGGAUGAGGAGCCUGCAGAAAAACAGAAGACCACUAGCGAGCUGUUGACUUCGACCUUCGAAGUUAUGGUCACCCUUGCAGACCAACAGGUUGAUCCAAAUUCUCCGCUCUACAGCGUAAAAUCCUUCGAAGAGCUUGGAUUGAAAGAGGAACUUUUGAAAGGUCUUUUGGCUAUGGGCUUCGAUCAACCAUCAAAGAUUCAAGAGAGAGCUUUGCCACUACUUCUAUCUGAUCCACCGACAAACAUGAUCGGUCAAUCACAGUCAGGGACAGGCAAGACUGCUGCCUUCGUCCUUACCAUGCUCAGUCGUGUAGAUUACAAUCUACACAAGCCUCAAGCUCUAUGCUUGGCUCCAUCGCGAGAGCUUGCCCGACAGAUCAUGUCUGUCGUCACUGCCAUGGGCAAAUUCACUAGUGUUCAGACGGAAUACGCGAUCAAAGACAAUCUUCCUAAAGAUGCUACCAAUAUCACUGCCCAAAUUAUCGUUGGUACGCCGGGAACUAUGAUGGAUCUGAUGAGGCGGAAGGUUCUCGACGUGAGCCAUGUCAAAGUGUUCGUGCUCGAUGAAGCCGACAACAUGCUUGAUCAAGACGGAUUGGGCGAUCAGACACUUCGAGUAAAAAACUCUCUCCCUAGACGCCAACCCAUCCAAAUCAUCCUCUUCUCUGCCACCUUCCCUGACAACGUUCGCGCCUUCGCCUCUAAAUUCGCCCCCAACGCCAACAAGAUCGAACUGCAGAAAGAAGAACUCAGCGUUGACACCAUCAGGCAGUUUUACAUGGACUGCAAAAAUGAAGAGCAUAAAUACGACAUUCUUGUGUCACUAUACCAGCUUCUGACCAUUGGCCAGAGUAUCAUUUUCACACAGCAUCGUCAUACUGCAGACAGGAUUUCGCAGAGAAUGACGGCAGAAGGACAUAAGGUAGCAUCCUUACACGGCGCCAAAGACGCUUCGGAGCGUGAUGCUAUUAUUGAUCGUUUCAGGGAAGGUCGUGACAAAGUCCUCAUCACCACGAACGUCAUCGCCCGAGGAAUUGACAUCAUGCAGGUCAACAUGGUCGUCAAUUAUGAUCUUCCACUUAUGAACGAGCGCGUCAAAGGGGGUGACGAGCGACCCGAUAUUGAGACCUAUAUUCAUCGUAUAGGUAGGACAGGUCGCUUUGGACGUAGGGGCAUAUCCAUCAAUUUUGUACACGACAAGAAGACGUGGCUCCAGAUGGAACAAAUCGAGAAAGCCCUGGGCAAGAAGAUCAUGCGUAUAGAGACAAAUGACUUGGAUGAGAUGGAAGCAAAAAUGAAAGCAGCAUUGAAAUAG